AUGAUCUACACGAGUUUGGAGGAAGGAUUUGAAAUGAGAGGGAACGGGGCUUUAUCUUUUUUCUCUCCUACUGUUGGCAUCAGGCAUGGUUAUACAUGCCUGUCAAGGAGAUUUAGCUGUAGGGCUGUACAUGUGGUUACAUGCUUUGUUGCCUAUGCUAAGUGGCAAGUCAAGUUAAACUAUCUUUACAUGCUAAUUGUAGGUCUAUAUAUGUUUUCUGCUUUAUGCCAACACUUCUUUUUGUCCUCCCAUUUUGUUUCAUCAGUCGAGAUCAGAAUAGCUUCCUCUCCAAAAGUUCGUCCUAUUUUAGUAAAUGGUGCUGUCAGAAAGGGAGAUCGGUUGGUGCCACCUUCUGCUCUUGGAAUUUUGAUGAGAAUCACCUUUCCAGCGCCCUCGGCUCGAAUUAAGGCAACUGAGAGGUUUGAAGCUAUUUAUCCUACCCUGAAGGAGGUUGCCCUUGCUGGUUCCUCUGGCAGGAAAGCAACGAAACAAGUUGCCCAGCAGAUACAGAACUAUGCUGUGAAAGCUGCUGGGGAACGCAAAACUAAAUUCUUAUAGACUACUUUGUGGUACAGGAAAUUAGCUGUAUCCAUUUGCACUGUAUUCCAUUUUUUUUUAAUGUUGUUAUUGCAGGUGUUCCUGAGCUAUCAAAGGAAGGGAGUGAUAUUUUUAUUUGGGGUUUAACUCAAAAUCCUGAGUGUUAUAAGCAAUGCGAUCUGCUCUAUCCUGAUAACCUUGAAGCAAGCGUUACUGUUUUGAGGAAGCUUGCCCAUGAAUGGAAGGAGCAUUUUGUUAAACAUUCCACACUUGACCCUUUGAGGGAAGCUUUAAAUAUUUUCAGGCAGAAGGUAAUGCAUUCUCGUAUAUUUCACAUAACAUAUUGCUUUUGUUUUACAUUUUUCAAUGCUUUUAUGAGUUAUAUACAAAGUAGA